AUGUCUGUCGAAGUGAUUAACACUAUUUCGCCAACCACCGGUGAGGUCGUCAUCACCCGCAAUGGCGCGUCUUCAACCGACCUAGACCUGCUGCCCAAGGUGGCGACUGAGGCGUUCCAGAGCUUCCGCAAGACCACCCUCAAGGAGCGACAAGAGAUUGUGAAAAAGUUCCUCCAGGGUCUCGCUGAUCGCGAGGCAGAGCUCGCAGAAGAGCUUACUGUCCAAAUGGGCCGCCCAAUCGCGUUUACCGGAAAGGAGAUUACGACUGCCGUGAAGAGGGGUGAAUAUCUUCUCAAAAUCAGUGGCGAGGCCCUACAAGAUACCGAUGGUGAGGCCGAGAAGGGCUUCAAGCGAUUCAUUCGCAAGGUCCCGGUUGGGCCUGUACUGGUCAUCUUCGCAUGGAAUUAUCCCUACUUGAUCCUUGUCAACUCUCUUGUGCCUGCUAUAUUGGCAGGCAACAGCGUCAUUCUCAAGCCGUCUCCCCAGACUCCCACCAUUGUAGAGCGAGUAUCCGAGAUUUUUGCUGCCGCAGGCUUGCCCCAGGGCGUCCUCCAGUACUUCCACUGUGGUUCGCCAAGUACCAUGGAAACUAUUGUGCGCGACCCCAGGAUCGAGCUUGUGUGCUUUACAGGCUCUGUUGCCGGCGGACUCUCCGUGCAAAAGGCGGCCGCCGACCGCAUCGUCAACAUUGGUUUGGAGCUCGGUGGCAAGGACCCUGCCUAUGUACGCAGUGAUGUGGACAUUGAUUGGGCCGCUGAAGAGAUUGUUGACGGCUCCAUAUUCAACUCGGGCCAGAGCUGCUGCUCUCUCGAGCGCGUGUACGUCGACGAGAGCAUUCAUGAUGCUUUUGUCGAGGCCGUGCAAAAAGUGCUCAAGGGCUACAAGCUGGGUGACCCCUUUGACAAGACCACCCACGUCGGUCCCGUCAUCUCGAGCCGAUCCAAGGAUGCUAUCGAGGGCCAUAUUAAGGAUGCCGUCUCUAAAGGUGCCAAGGACGCUACGCCUGCCAAUGAGACGUUUGAUAGCCUGCCGGCCAAGGGCAACUUUGUCAAGCCGACUCUGCUGACUGGCGUGGACCACAGCAUGACCGUCAUGACUGAGGAAACUUUUGGACCUGUGAUCCCUGUGAUGAAGGUCAAGAGCGACGCCGAGGCCAUCAAGCUGAUGAAUGACAGCGAGUUUGGUCUCACCGCCAGCAUCUGGACCAAGGACACUGACAAAGGCUACGAGCUAGCCGAGGACGUCGAGGCGGGCACCGUAUUCGUCAACCGGUGUGACUACCCUAGCCCGGACCUUGCGUGGACUGGGUGGAAAAACUCUGGCCGCGGCCAAACACUUAGCAAGUUUGGCUUUGAUGCGUUUGUCAAGCUCAAGAGCUUUCACCUGAAGGAUUACCCGAAAUGA